UUCAUUUUGUCAGAAAGGUUCGAUCUACGAUGCAAAAAUCUAAUAAUUCGAGAAGGGGGCCAAAGCUUUUUCACAGCACUGUAUGCUUACAAAGCCACCAAUCCUUCCAACAGACAAGAAGACUGGGAGUAUAUUAUGGGAUUCUGUGACCAAAUCAAUAAGGAGCUCGAGGGACCGCAAAUAGCCACAAGACUGUUGGUACACAAGAUCCAGUCACCACAGGAAUGGGAGGCGCAACAAGCCUUGAUGGUUCUGGAGGCUUGCAUGAAGAACUGCGGCCAGAGGUUUCAGAACGAAGUGGGGAAAUUCCGUUUUUUAAACGAGCUCGUUAAAGUGAUCUCACCCAAAUAUCUAGGAGACAAAGUGUCUGGCAAGGUGAAGUCAAAAGUGAUUGAGAUGAUUUACAGUUGGACCAUUUAUCUCCCCGAGGAAACCAAAAUCUGUGAGGCUUACCAGAUGUUGAAGAGUCAAGGGAUUGUGUUAGCUGACCCAGAGAUCUCUCUGGAUGCGACAUUAGUCCCAACGCCCUCGUCUCAGCGGCCCAAGAAUCCCGUGUUUGAUGACGAGCACAAAGACAGAAAGUUGGCAGAGCUGCUCAAGAGCAAAAAGCCGGCAGAUCUGCAGGAAGCAAAUCGGCUCAUCAAGAACAUGGUCAAGGAGGACGAAGUGAGGUCACAGAAAAUGUCAAAGCAGAAAAGCACACUGGAGGCAGUCAAUAACAGUGUCAGACUCCUUAAUGAGUUGCUGGCUUACUUUAGCCCCGAAGACUCUACUGAUGGUGAAAAGGAUCUCAUUAGGGAGCUGUACACCGACUGCGAUAAGCUGAGGCAAACAGUGUGUCAGCUUGCUACAGAGACGGAUGAUAAUGACACCAACUUGGGAGACAUCUUGCAGGCCAAUGAUGACCUCUCCAAUGUCAUUAAUUCUUGUAAGAAAAUUGUGGAAACCCAGUCCAUCAAUGGAGCGACUAAAUCACCAUCGGCAGUCAAACAAGGCACCAGCUGCUCAACUCAGUCAGAGAGUCUGAUUGAUUUGACAGAUGUGGACGUCCCAGGUUUCUCCCAACAAGGAGAGAAAGAUUCUACAUCUUCCAUGUUUUCUCAUGUUGAUCUUCUAUGUGGAUCCACUGCUGCUGUACCAUCCUCUGCAAGCUCUGGCGAAGUGCCUGUGUCGUUUUCUCUGCUGGAUGAGGAGCUACUGACUUUAGCUUCUCGUGGACCUGUAGCAAGUGAAUCAGCGCCACCUACGAGCACAAGCAACUACCUGCAGCCAGUCCAGAAUUGCACUCAGGAAGUGGAACUUUUAGACACCACUUCAAUUGCAAGUCCAGCAAAGUCCAUCUCAAACGUCGGCCCAGGGUUCGCCGCACCGUUGUUGUCUUUAACGCUCCAGCAGACGCCCAUCGGCCCAGUCCGGAGUGCCCCUGUCCCAGUGGCUCCGCUUUUGUCAACCACCCCGCUUACUUCGCCACAUUCUUCUGGCGCUGCACAGCAUUCCCCGUGGGCGCCGUCUCCUCUGGAUCACAGUCUACAAGACCUAGCCCUGCUUGAUUUAGGCAGUCCUAAAAGCAUCCCCAGGGUGCGCUUUGACAACACAGAAGACAAGCGCGGCGGUUUUUGUUCUUCCGCCAACCUCCUGCGCCAAGAAUGGGUGCCAGCUGCGUCUACCCGCCCCCCGGCUGGAAGUGUAGCCGACCACAUUCUGUUACACUCUCCGCCCCCCGUCCUCACCCACAGCCAGACCUCUUUCGACGGGGUAGAGGACACGUCUCUGGCUGACGUCUUCGUACCUUUGGAUGCUGUCAAACCAAGUAAGAUGUGUCCCGUCACGGCGUACGACAAGGGUGGCGUCCGCGUGCUGCUGCAUUUCGCGAGUGACUGUCCACCCGGCAGGCCUGACGUGUUGGUGAUUGUGGCCUCGAUGCUGAACACAUCCCCACUUCCCGUUAGGGACAUUGUACUGCAGGCUGCUGUUCCCAAGACUAUGAAAGUGAAAUUGCAGCCACCAUCUGGGAAACAGCUAGCUCCCUUCAUCCCCAUUCUGCCCCCCGCUGCCAUCACUCAGGUCGUGCUGCUUGCAAAUCCUCACAAGGAAAAGGUGCGGAUGAGGUAUAAACUGACGUUCACGCUCGAUGAGCAGCCCUACACGGACGUCGGGGAAGUGAACGAGUUUCCGCCGCCUGACAGAUGGGGGGACCUAUAACCCCUGCAUAAACUCCCCAUCUGGAGUUCUUAAAAAAAUAUUUAACAAGGCAAGUCAUGAGAAAGCAACGACUUUCGGGACUAUCUUACAUCCGCGUUACUCAACUGCAGAUGGAGAGGGGGUGGCAUUUUUGGAAUCUCACUGCUACAGUAUAUUGCAAAUCUUGUGGAGUUAAAGUGCUGUUUUUUUUUUUUUUUUUUUUUUUUUAAAUACAAAGGACAAUUAUGAAGAAAUUGCAAGAAUCAAAGCAGACUGGGUGGAACGAGUAAGUGGCCGUGGUCCCCAAAAACAUGGAAGUGCACAACAUUGCGGAGCGAUCAUGUGUCAGAGUCGUUAAAGAUGGUGCCUACGUAUCUUAGGAGAGCACCCCUAACACCGCACAAUAUAAUUCAUCUGGGAGACUGGUGUUUUGGUAGGUGCUGCUGUUUUGGCCAGCAAAGUUGUAAUGAAAAAAGGCAAAAGUGUUUGUGAACGGGGGUAAAGUGACAACCACCCCCUCCCGACGAGAACAGAAAGAUCCUCCAAAGGCAAAGCUAUGCCAUGGUUGUUUUAAAAUACACAAGGUUUAAUUUCAUUUUGUUUUGUUUAUUUUGGCAGUAAACAUCAGCUGCGAGUCAUUAAACCGCUUGAAGCCACUUGUUGAAUUGUUUACUAGUUGCCAAACUGCUGCUUAUUGUGAAGUGAGUUGAGUUCGCCGCCGCGCCGCUGUAUUUAUUUGUCGUUGUUGACUUCAGCGUUGUUGCUUCCUGGUGUUGACACUUGUGGAGUUAUUUGCAAGUUAGACGUCUGCAUAUUUAGGUUGUUUAAAUGUUUUCUUCAGUGUAAACACAGCCAUAUCACAUAUGUGUCACUUGAAAAUAUUGAGAUAAAAAAAAUAAUAAUCUGAUAAACGCAUUAAGUCAGAAUUGGGAACUUGAACCUGCAGUGUAAAUCCAACCUUAAUUAGAGCUUUGCGAGUAUUUGAGGAUAUACUGUACUUGUGUAUCAUUUAAUGCAAACUGAAAUGGACCUUGAAGGUGAAGGUGCGCUUGAUUAGACGCUUCGAUGCAGUGUUUGCCCUCAUUCAAGCUGAAUUUUUCACGACAAUUCCCAUGGCCACCAUUGGAAUAACAAAUCACAAAGCAUUCACUCUCUUAUUGCUCUCAUACCGUGUUGACCAAAAUAUUUGCUUUUUAUGAAUCCCCUCGUGUUGUACUUGAUUAUUUAUUGACACUAUUGAUUUUCAGUGGUUGGAAGGAUUACAUGUUUACUUGUGAAGAUGCUGUUACAUGUACAGGGAAUGAGUGAGGGUCGCCAUGCACACACUAGUGCAUCAUGAAGACAGUCAUAUUUUUAGUCAACGAUAACUUUUUUCCUUCAAAGACACGGUGUCUUUUUCACUGUGUCAAAGGAAGCUCAUGAGUUAUGACCUGUUCCUUUAAGUUAAUUAAUGGUUAAAGUUUGUUUUGCCUUUGUAUUGUUUCCUAUGUGAAGAGCAAAUUUAAAGAUAAAGGCUUUUAUUCUGGUGGGUUUUGUAAAUGCUUAAUUAUGGAAUAUUUAUUUUUUUCUGAUUGAUAAAUGAAGCAAAUAAAUAAUUUUUCACUCCAUGAAAAAUAAAGAAUGUAAGGAAUA